UGUGCGUGUAAAUCGACAUUUCAGCUUGUAGGCAUACCAUUAUGACAUAUAGGAUUUCGGACUGUACUAUAGUGCCGCCAAAAUACUCAAAAUACAAUCUUCUGACCAGAUUUUUGUUCAACAGUUUAAACUUUCAUAGAACGCACAACGAUACAAAACUAAGAGCUAAAUUAUAAAAACUUAAUACAAUUAUUGUAAAAAAAUGGAUAAAGAGUGUUUUUUGUGCAAAUCUAAAGAAAAAGAUGAAGUCAAAUUUGGUGAAUUUAUGACCUGUGGCAAAAUUUCCGUACAUUAUUUUUGUUUGCUAUUGAGUUCAAAUCUUAUGCAAAAUGGUGAAGACAACGAAGGUUUGUUGGGAUUUCUUCCGAAAGACAUUCAAGAGGAAGCACAUAGAGUCAAACCAUUGAUAUGUUGCUACUGCCGGAAACCUAGUGCUAAUAUUUCUUGUUGUGCCAGUAAAUGCUACAAAUCUUUUCACCUAACGUGUGGAGACAAAAACAGUACAGAGCAUAAUUUUGUUGGGACGUUCAAGUCAUUUUGUCACCGUCAUGUGAAGGGAAAGAAGGUCACUCCACCAUUGCCGGACGAAAAAUGCUGUAUUUGCUAUGAUAAUAUCUUAACUCCUGGCACAAGAUUCGACACUGUUAAUAUGAUCAGAGCCCCUUGCUGUAAAAAUGGCUGGUUCCAUAAAUAUUGUUUGGCAUCCUUUGCUAAGACUGCUGGAUACUUCUUUAAAUGUCCGCUUUGCAACGACUCUAAAGUGUUUCGACAACGCUUGGCUUACAAAAGUAUAUUUAUUCCAGACAGGGAUGCAGCAUGGGAGUUAGUACCAAAUGCCUUUGCUGAACUCCUCGAAAGACCAAGUUCAUGCGUCGCUGUAAAUUGCUAUGCAGAAGGUGGACGAAAAUCACAAACCAAACGAAAUGAAUUUCUUUUUUGUUCCACGUGUGGUUCUGUUGCAAUUCAUCGUCGGUGUAUGACAAUUCGACUGGAGAAUUUUUACUGCGACGAAUGUGUAUCGAUUACAGCGGCAAUAGAAAGCUCAUCUGUAGUGAACAUAACCCCCACUAAAUUAAAUAAUAAUGAGAACAAAGAUGAAGAAGAAGAAGACGAUAAUAUUGAUGUUGGCAACGACUUCGAUGUUAGUUCUGAGAAUAAUUCUUUGAAUCAAAUUUACUGCGAGGAAGAAAGUGCAGAUAAAUGUGUUAAGUCUCUUUGCAUAGCCAAAAAGAGGUAUUUACCCUCUGAAACUGAAUCCGAUAGUGACUCAAAUGUUAAGGAUGCAGAUUUUGAUAGUGAUAGCAUAGGUAUUAAGCCCUUAGAGAUAUUUAAAAGCAAUAAGUACAAAAUUGUCGACAAUGAUUCUUUUUUUAACGAGUCAGAUGAUGAUAUUGCUUCAAGUCGAAAAAUGUUUUCUAAAGAGCUUUCAAACAAGAAAACUGGUUCUUCUACUUUCAAUGGAUAUAAAAGUACAUAUAAGGAAAGUUUUUUCGACGUUGGAGAAAAUUUUGAAAGUAGUGUCCAUAAAUGCAAUAGCAGUAGUUCUUUCGAUUCUACAAUAAGUGAAAGUUGGGGAAAAGCGGAGCUUAGAGUCCUUGUUCAUGUAAAAAAACUAAUUAGUCUCGAUAUUGAAAAAAGAGUAAACCGCAGAUUCAUAUCCUUGAGUAAUGAUAAAAAAGAAACAAGUAUGGUCAGGUCCAAAAGAAGUCUUUCACAACAAAUGGAAACAUUUUCUGAUUUGACAGAAAAAGAAGACGUAGAAAAUAAAAAAGAGGAGUUGAAUACCGAAAUAUUUGAUGAAGAGAAAAAAUAUUCUCUUUCAAUGUUUCCAGGUAAUACUUCUUGUUCAAAGGACACAAAUAACACCUCCUCGAAGUCAAGCUCUGAAACAAGAAUAAUUAUUUCUGACCCCAAUUUUAUUAAUAGAACAUCGCAAAUAUCCCCUUUACGUUUAAGAAGUCUUUCAGAAGAUACUUCAAAAAGAUCUACACGUAUUGUUGAGCGUAGAAGAAGCGUUCUUCAAGGUUUUAGUUCUUCGACACCUGUCCAGCAGGUCACGCAAAUUAAAAGUUUUAAAAGGCCGACUGAGACACUAGAAUCAACAUCUAUAAAACGCAGUCGUCUGAACUCCGACACAAAUAAAGAAGGUUGUACGCUCAAUCAAGAGCAUUCAAUUAAUAUUAACGUAAAUUAUGAGGACGAAAACAAACUUGAUCGUUUGCAAUCAACCGGCCUUAUGAGGCGCAGAUCUAGAGGAAGAUCACCUCUAGGUGUAAACCUCUGCGAUGUAUACGCUUACAGUACCCUACCUUUCGUCAAAAAGAUCACAUCACAAAAUUUGGUAUUUUUAAUUACAGAUAAAACUGUUGUAAGUGAAAAUUCCGAUGGCAUGGAACAAAAUUUGUCUGAUGUUGAACAAAUUUUUAGCAAAAAAAAUUGUAUUCUUUUUACAGACAAACCAAACAUUCCACAGUCUACACUGAAAGUUAAAGAAAACACUACAAAAGAUAGUAUAAUCACUAAUAAAAGCAUAACAACCACAGACACAGAUUGUAAUAUCUUUGAAAUUUUUGUUGCAACCGAUAAAUGGAAACAACAAAAAAUUAAGAUGAAACGCACUGCUUCUCAAAAAUCUACGAAAGGAAUAUUUAUUCUACCAAGUAAUCAGACAAAAAUUGAAUCAUUCUUUAAGAGAAUUUGAAAAGCUGCCUUUUUAUACAUCAAGCGAACAAAACUUUAUAAGAAUACUUUUAUUCACAGUUUUCAAAAAAUCAAUAAAAUUUAAUUAUGAUAUGUUGGCGACAAGGAAGGUUAAAUUUGUUUAAUUUAUGACAUCGAUUGAUUUUUUAUCUAGAUUAUAAUUUUAAUUCGCUUUUAUGUGUAAAGUAUGUAACAAAGUAUGUCACAAUUUUAUUCAUUCAAGCUUCAUCAUUUAUGUUUUAUAGUUUUAUUUUAUACCGUUUUUGCCAUGUGUGCUUAUAAAUUAAUUUAAAAGCUUAAAUAAAUACAAACAUGUUAAAUACUACUAUCUA